CUCAACUUUCACUCCAGGGCUCCCCCCAAUCUUGCUGAUCUCGCCUGACGGUACCGUCCCCCCCAGAGACACCGACGACCAUUCGCGCUGGCACUGCUGCACGCUCGAAACACGCGAGUGCCUCCGUACAUCACGCUAUCGUGUAUGUACUGGAUGAGCUCGCUCCGUGACAUACGCGUCGCUCUCUAGUAUUGCCGCUGUCUCGACGCGAGGUCGUAUUCCCUGACUCCGCGCGCGUUCGCGGUGCCUCGAGGCGCAGCGCGACUUCGUGGCUGUGGCGUGCACAUUAGCAUCAGGACCCUUGUACAAGUACGGUAGUUCCGCCCGCGGUGCUGACGUGGGACGUUGGAUGACUGGUCGAGCUCUUUCGUAUUUGAAUCAUGGACAGGAUUCGUGCAGAGCGUGGUGAGACGUCUACUGUUGAAAGCAGCAGGCGACCCCGCCAGGUCAGCGAGGAUGACAGAUCGCGCUCUCCUCGCCGGACGUCGUCCAAGACACAUGGCGGCGAGCGUGCGUCUAGGCGUGAGGAUCGUGGGUCCGACCGAGAUAGGCGCUCUUCUCCUGGUAAUGAUAGGAGGCGAGACGAUCGCCGACGAAGCCGUCGCGAUGAUUCCGAGGAGCGCUACCAGCGCAGCCAUCGGGAAGACAGACAUUCCUUGAGGUCACCUCGCAAACAACGGCACUCUGAGCGGUCACGGUCCAGAAGCCGUUCGCAACGUCGAAAGCGGUCUCGGUCACCGCCAGCCAGAAAGCAUAGGUCACCGAAGCCGUCACCUUCGCCGCAUCGAAAGUCCCGCGUCGCGCUUCCGUCACAAGACGAGUCUUUCCACGGCGGGUCCGCAGUCGGCCCAGGAGGUGAAAAGGCACCACCAAAGCAGAAACCCAAUUUCAAGCCCACCGGUCUCCUCGCCAAAGAAGCGAACACCGUACAAGGCACGAACACGGUGUUGAAAUACCACGAGCCGCCCGAGGCGCGCAAACCCUCCUCCAGGGAGCAAUGGCGGAUGUACGAGUUCAAGAAGAAGGAUCUGGUGGACACGGUCUACCUCCAUCAGAAAAGCGCGUGGCUCCUAGGUCGGGAUGAGAAGGUGACGGAUCUGCAUCUGGAGCAUCCGAGCAUCUCCAAGCAACACGCGGUCAUUCAGUUUCGAUAUAUCACGACGACCAAUGAAUUCGGUGAUAGGCUCAGCAAGGUCAAGCCAUAUCUUAUUGACUUGGAUAGUGCCAACGGCACCAAGCUGAAUGGUAACAGGGUGGACGGGAGCAGGUUCGUGGAGUUGGUCGACCAGGAUAUGCUGUCGUUUGGCGACAGUGAGCGGGAGUAUGUCUUGAUGCUACCGAAUGGCCAGGGGUGAGUGUGAUGGUCAUCAUCCAUGGUGGUGGGAAAUUUCAAGCCCAUAAGCGCGCGCUUUGUACAUAGGAGCAUCCUACCGAUCGGGCGGG